AUGGAUAGUAGUAAAACCAGAACAAAAAGGAGUGCUGGGAGUAAGCCUCUUAAUAUAAAGGAAGUGAUAGAGACAUUAUCCCAUAUACUAUCUCUUCAUGGAUACAGCAAGAUUAGCCCGGAUAUUUUUCGUCAGGCUAAGUACAACAAGCCUGAAGCAACACCGUUUUUAUUGUGUCUAUUGCACGAAAUAUUACAGAAAGAAACUGAAAUUCGUAUUGGUUAUUUGCAAGACGUGUUGGUGUAUGUUCUUCAUAAACUUGAUUAUCCACACUUAUAUAAGUUCGUUAAUUGCUCUGAGACUGAAUUUUCAAGUCAAGACAUACUUUUGAUAUUCGGAUUUUUAUUGGUAAAACUUAAUUUGAUGCACUCAUUAAGAAAGAAAGUUAAGCGUAUGUUAGUGGAUAGCCUGGUUGUCUUGACUCCUGAAACAGUUUGCUAUGAGCAAAUCCAAACACUGAAAAACAAAGAUUUUAAUGCUGUCAUCGUAUUGCAGAAAAAAAUCGAUUUUGCUAUGCGUGGUCUACGCUCUUCCAUCUUAAAGUAUGAGAAUUUAGUACAAAGGGCAGCUUGUUGUAAUAAUUCAAUUAUUCUCAAGGAGUUAAACAGCAAUGAAUCAAACAAAAUGUUUUCUUCGAUAUCGCUGUGUGAAUUUUUGCUGCAAGGUAACUUGAAAUUGCAGAAAGAGUUAGUUGGUAUGUUAUCAAAACAAAAUAUGCUGCUGAAGCUUCACCUGAAGUGGAUAAAAUAUGAAACUGUGUUUUGGCGAUGGAUGAGCAGUGUUGCAAGUGGCCAAACACAAACGGUCAACACGAGUUUUGAGCAACUUACAAGUAGUCAAAGACUUAAACAUGCAUUACUUGUAUCAGAAUCAGAUAAGUUCAUUGAACUUUUUGGGGCUAUAUUAGGAGAUCAAAGACGCAAUAAAAUAGAAUCUGCAGGAGAUGCGUUAGUGAUUAAAGAAGAUUUUUCCAUUAUGAGGCAUGCCAUUGCAGAGAUAAUAAUGGCUAAACUUGUUGCAUCAGAUGGAAAAGGUACUGCAGAAAAAUAUGUUGGCACUCUGGAGAAUUUGGUGAUGGAAAUAAAGAAGAUGCAGGAGAACAAUAGACUGUGGUUAUCUGACCUACUACAUAAAGAAUAUCCAAAUUUAGUUUGUUUGCCUGUUCCCAGAAGGUAG